UGAGAAACAUGGUCAAAAAGAAAGGAGGAAAGGCAGGAGAGUGUGGAGUCUGUUUUAAGGAGGGAGAAGGAACAGGGCACAGUGGCUCAUGCCUGUAAUCCCAACACUUUGCGGGGGCUGAGGUGGGAGGAUCACUUGAACCCAGGAGUUCAAGACCAGACUGGGCAAUAUAGUGGGAACCCGUCUCUACAGAAAAAAAAAAAAAAAAAAAUUUAAUGACCCAGGUGUGGUGGCGUGCUCCUGUAGAGCGCCUCAACUACUCCAAAAGCUGAAGUGGGAGGACUGCUUGAGCCUAGGUGGUCAAGACUGCAGUGAGUCAUGAUGGUGUCACUGCACUCCAGCCUGGGUGACACAGCAAGACCCUGUCUCAAAUAAAUAAAUAGCCAACGGUCUGAGAUGCAGAACCUGAUGUGACUGAAUUUUUAGCAGGGCACAGUUAAAUACGGGAAAGGUUGUUCUGACCUGGGAUUCGUCCUGGGGGUCUUCAUAAAAGCCAGGCCUGAGGUGCACCUGGGCAGGCUACAUGCAGGAGAGGGCCUGAAGGUGAAUGUUUGGGAACAGCAAAUAAUACCAGCAGGUAGAAUGAGGAGGCAGAGCUAGAGGAUGCCGUGGAGGUCAUCUCACCCAUAAGGUCAUAUCACCCGUGUCACCCAGUCACUGGCCACUUCAUACUCAUUUCAUGCUCACAAGAGCCCUGCAGUAGGAAUUCACUAACCCUUCGUCACAGAUGAGAACACUCAGACCCAGCCAUCGGAACUGACUGUUCAGACGGUGCAGAUGGGGAAGUGGGGAAGGCAGAAUUCGGCUCUGGGUCUGAGUUCAGUGCUAUCACCUCAUGCUUCCUCGACUCGGGAGGCAACGAGGGGAAGUGAUUAGAGAUGAUCCGAGCUGGACAGAGGUGGACAGGAGGGAAUAAAUGAGAGGGAUGUAGGGCGCAGAAUCAACAGGAUGCGGAGAGCAGGUAGCAGCUGAGAAGGACAAGAAGGCUGGGGCUUCUGGCUGGAGUAGUCAGGUGAACGGAGGUGGGAACAGCAGGGUAUGGGUUCAGGGGAAGAUGGAGACUCAGACGAUGAGUCCACUGGGCCUAUGUGACGGGUUGUGGGGCGGUGUUGUCAGGAGGCAAAGAGAGACACAAAUCUGAAGGUCAGAGGAACGGUCCGGAGUGUGGGAGACCAGAGACCGUCAGUGUAAUCUUGGAUUUUGAUUCCUUUUUACCACUUAACAGCAGAGUUGAGAAGGGGCUGCAGCUGGGUUCUGGGAGAGAAGUGACGGGGUACGGGUGGUGUCCUGCCGGUGUCAAAGACGACUUCCGGCUCACCUCUGACUCGGCUUCCCCCACAGAUGGCUUUUCCCUGCCGCAGAUCCCUGACUGCCAAGACUCUGGCCUGCCUCCUGGUGGGCGUGAGUUUCUUAGCACUGCAGCAGUGGUUCCUCCAGGCGCCAAGGUCCCCGCGGGAGAAGAGGUCCCCGCAGGAGGAGACGCCAGAGGGUCCCACCGACGCUCCCGCGGCUGACGAGCCGCCCUCGGAGCUCGUCCCCGGGCCCCCGUGCGUGGCGAACGCCUCGGCGAACGCCACGGCCGACUUCGAGCAGCUGCCCGCGCGCAUCCAGGACUUCCUGCGGUACCGCCACUGCCGCCACUUCCCGCUGCUUUGGGACGCACCGGCCAAGUGCGCCGGCGGCCGAGGCGUGUUCCUGCUCCUGGCGGUGAAGUCGGCGCCUGAGCACUACGAGCGACGCGAGCUCAUCCGGCGCACGUGGGGGCAAGAGCGCAGCUACGGCGGGCUGCCAGUGCGCCGCCUCUUCCUAUUGGGCACCCCGGGCCCCGAGGACGAGGCGCGCGCGGAGCGGCUGGCGGAGCUGGUUGCGCUGGAGGCGCGCGAGCACGGCGACGUGCUGCAGUGGGCCUUCGUGGACACCUUCCUCAACCUCACGCUCAAGCACCUGCACUUGCUCGACUGGCUGGCUGCACGCUGCCCGCACGCGCGCUUUCUGCUCAGCGGCGACGACGACGUGUUCGUGCACACCGCCAACGUAGUCCGCUUCCUGCAGGCGCAGCCACCCGGCCACCACCUGUUCUCCGGCCAGCUCAUGGAGGGCUCCGUGCCCAUCCGCGACAGCUGGAGCAAGUACUUUGUGCCGCCGCAGCUCUUCCCCGGGUCCGCUUACCCGGUGUACUGCAGCGGCGGCGGCUUCCUCCUGUCCGGCCCCACGGCCCGGGCCCUGCGCGCGGCCGCCCGCCACACCCCGCUCUUCCCCAUCGACGACGCCUACAUGGGCAUGUGUCUGCAGCGCGCCGGCCUGGCGCCCAGCGGCCACGAGGGCAUCCGGCCCUUCGGCGUGCAGCUGCCUGGCGCACAGCAGUCCUCCUUCGACCCCUGCAUGUACCGUGAGUUGCUGCUAGUGCACCGCUUCGCGCCCUACGAGAUGCUGCUCAUGUGGAAGGCGCUGCACAGCCCUGCGCUCAGCUGUGACCGGGGACACCGGGUCUCCUGAGGCCAUGGGCGGCUUCAGCCCCGGGCCUCCAACCAUGACGGUGUCCAUGCUGAGAAGGCAGCUUUCCCGCUCUGGGUACCUUACAUCCUGCCCAGCUCUGUGCACCUGAACCCCAGCUGCGCACUGAAAUCAGCUGGGGUGGGGGGUGUGGAAAAUGCCUACAUCCUGGCUCCAUCUCCCGAAGUUUCGAUUUGAUUAGUCUGGGGUGGACCCAGACAUGUUAAGUAUUUUUUAAGUUCCUCCAGUGAUGCGAAUGUGCAGCUAGGCCUGAGGACCACUCGGCUAGACUAUUUCUUCAUCCUCGCAAAGCCAGCUCCACCGCCCUCUCUGCAAGACUUCCGGGCACCUCGCUCCCACACUCGGGUCCUCUUGAGCAGUGGAGCAAGGGACACCUGGGAGCGUGGGAGCCAGGAUCAGCGCCCCCUGCCAUGUGCCUACAAAUGUCAGUUGUGAUUUCCACUGUUUACAAGUGAGUGGAGCUGGAGCUGGGCUGACGGUGUCAGGUGGAUCCCGCUUCCCCCUCCCCCAAGAAGUCAGCCAACACGCAACUGAGGCGCAUGUGGUGGCCUUCUUCCCACCACUGCCCCAGUACACCGUGAGGUAGAAAUCUUCACCGUGCAAAGUGGAAACCAGAGGCCCGGUCAGACAGUGACUAAUCCAGGGCCAUGGCAUUCCCAGACAGCACACCACUGUGGUCCCCUCCACACUCACCCCAACCAAAGCUAAUGGCCUAGUUGGGUCCUGCCCGCCAAUACUCACCCCCACGGGUCAGAGACAGGCUCCUUGCCGGGGUCUGGGCCUCAGGCUCAGUGGGCCUUGGACAACCCAGCAGGGAGUUCCGGGGAGUCCGAAGUGGAGAAAGGCUGGUGGGAACAUGGAGGCCAGUGUUGGGGAGCCUGUGGAGGCAGGUGUGUAGAAUUGUGUUCAGGAGGUGGGGGAUCUGAGACCGAAGUGGACAGUGGUUAAGAUUGUGGGGCCGGGCGAGGUGGCUCACGCCUGUAAUCCCAGCACUUUGGGAGGCUGAGGAGGGCGGAUCACGAGGUCAAGAGUUCGAGACCAGCCUGGCCAAUAUGGUGAAACCCCGUCUCUAUUAGGAGUACAAAAAUUAGCCGGCUGUAGUGGCUCGUGCCUGUAAUCUCAGCUAUUUGGGAGGCUGAGGCAGGAGAAUCGCUUGAACCUGGGAGGCGGAGGUUGCAGUGAGCCGAGAUCGUGCCACUGCACUCCAGCCUGGGCGACAGAGCAAGACUCCAUCUCAAAAAAAAAAAAAAAAA